UGUAGAUUAUUUGCGAAUAGUAAAGAAUAGUAGAUACAUAUCGUUCUUAAUUCGUUGUUCAUAUCUAUUGUUCUGCAGUGUUUGCUUACGGAUUACGUGAUAAUACUCAAACAACAGCUUCAAUAUGUGGCCCCGCUUAUUGUUUACUGCUAGACGUAGUGCAGUUCAAAUAAAUAUCGAAAAUGCGUUAAAAAUCUCUUCCCGUGCUUCAUCAAGCCAAGCGAGGCAAGCGGAAAUUUCGGAGGCUAAAUUGACAAACUCAGUAUUAUCGUCAGAAAAAUUUGCUGACAUUCGCAUAUAUAAUGAACCAAUUCCGCAAUACCUAUCCGGUUCCGAUGACAUUAAAAAAUUGGAGAACGCUCUUGAGCGAUACCAAAAUAACUGCGAAGACAUCCCCAUUGUUAUAAAUGGUAAGGAAAUAAGGAAGGGCAAGGAGGUAUAUCAGGUUAUUCCCCACAGGAAAAGUCAUAAACUUGCCAAGUAUUACUAUGCUGAUGAUGCCACCAUAAAGGAGGCAAUUCAAGCUUCAGUUAAAAAGCAAAAGGAAUGGGAUAGGACUCCUCUCACAAAGCGUAUCGAAAUAUGGGAGCGGGCAGCUGAUCUUAUGUCCAAAAAAUACCGUGCAGAUCUUCUAGCAACUACCAUGUUGGGCCAAUCAAAAACUGUUAUACAGGCCGAAAUUGAUUCUGGUGCUGAAUUAAUCGAUUUCACGCGCAUGAAUGCUGGUUACUUGAAGCAGCUGGCCAAUGAUCAACCGCUUAGCCCCACUCCAGAUGUCACCAAAAACCAUUUACGUUUCCGUGGGUUAGAGGGUUUUGUAGCAGCUAUAACUCCCUUUAAUUUCACUGCAAUCGGUGGAAAUUUGGCCUACACCCCAGCACUAAUGGGUUGCAGCGUGUUGUGGAAACCGUCCGAUACGGCGAUGCUCUCCAGCUGGACGGUGUUCAAGAUAAUGCGUGAAGCCGGUGUACCCGAUGGUGUAGUAAACUUCGUGCCAGCCAUUGGUAAGAACUUCGGUGAUGCGAUAACAAGUUCUCCCGAUUUGGCUGGCAUCAAUUUCACAGGAUCCACGGCGACUUUCAAAACUCUGUGGAAGUUGGUGGGUAACAAAAUUGAUGAUUACAAAAAUUACCCACGCUUGGUUGGUGAGUGCGGUGGCAAGAAUUUCCAUUUUAUUCAUCCAUCAGCGCAUGUGGAGACAGCCGUUGCACAAACUAUUCGUUCGGCUUUCGAAUAUGGUGGACAGAAGUGUUCGGCUUGCUCUCGCCUAUAUGUCCCUGAAUCACUAUGGGAAUCGCAGUUCAAAGGGCCGUUGAUUGAAAAAGUAAAGAAGUUGAAAGUGGGUGACGCCUGCGAAGUUGAUACAUUUUAUUCGGCUGUUAUUGAUGACAACUCGUUCCAACGAAUUUCGGGAUUUAUUAACGAGGUUAAGGAAGAUCCUGAAUGCACUGUAUUGGCUGGUGGUAAUUUGUCGAAUGUAAAAGGGUUCUUUGUGGAACCAACCAUUGUUGAAGUCAAAGAUCCGCACAAGCGUGUUAUACGCGAUGAAAUCUUUGGGCCAGUGUUGUCGGUAUAUGUUUAUAAGGAUGGCGAUUUGAAGAAGACUAUUGAUUUGGUUAGGAACACCACCAAAUAUGCAUUAACUGGUAGCGUUUUUGCCACGGAUGAAUCAUUUUUGAAACAAGCGUUAGACGAGUUCAAGGACGCCGCCGGCAACUUCUAUAUCAAUGAUAAAUCGACUGGUGCAGUUGUUGGCCAACAGCCAUUCGGUGGUGCACGCCAAUCGGGAACAAACGAUAAAGCCGGUUGCCCAUUUUAUCUGUUGCGUUGGGCUUCAUUGCAGGCCGUAAAAGAGACAUUUGUCCCAAUACCAGAUAUUUAUUAUCCUUAUAUGAACAAAACAAACAAUUAAAUUACUAAUUAUGAUAUUCCUCUGUAACUAAAACUAAACGAAUCUCGAAUGGCAGUUAAAAAUUAGAAGCUUUUAAUUAUGUGGCUACUAACUAAUUUAUUCCGCGGAUACAGAAAUACAAGUCUACUGAAUGAAUUACGAAAUUAUGAAUCUCGAUUUUCACAGUGUAUUGUAUUUACAUAUAUGUGAUGAAAUCUCCUAAAUGAAAAAUGAACUUGAAUAUUUACAGAUUACAUAGAAUAUCUGUUUGGAAAGCUUAACUCUCCUGAGCAUACAUAUACUAUUAGCAUUGGAAGUCAAGCCCUCCAUUUGUUAUCAGUUGUAUUAACUCUGGUUCGUUGGUGGCACAGUUUACACAUACCUAUGCAUGUAUGUAUGUACAUACAUAUAAUAAAAUGAACACAGAUCUGCGAUAAGCGAUGGUUUUUUUGUUUGUUUGUUUUUAUAAUCAUUAAUUGUUUAGAGGUCAGGCCUAGUCAUAAGCGUGUCUAUAAUUGCAGUCACAGAAUAAAUACUGAUAAAAGUAUAUAUUUUGAAUUAGUUCUGUGUCUGCAAAUUACAUACAUAAUUGGACAAUAUUCAAAUCUUUUAAAUAAAAAUAAUAUAUACUUACAUACAUACAUAUAAAGUGGAGUAUUUGUAUUCUAAGUGGGAAAAUACAUAUUGGCAGAUAAACUACAAAAAAAAAACCGAUCCGGAGUGAUCAACAAGCGGCUAGUCCUAGAUUACCGUUAUAAGUUUACAUCCUUUGGGGAGGCAUACAACUUGUGUGAUUAUGCAUUUGUGGAGCAUCAAAACAUUUGUCACAAAUGAAAAGUAAAGCUUGUCCAAACAUUUAAAUAUGCUGACGCAGUAAUCUUUUGGAAUGCUAUGAUUGUAUCUUCUAAUACUUAUAUUUAUUUAUAACCAUAUUCUAUGUACUUUGUGUAUGUGUACUAAUUUGUUUAAGCUCAUUGCAAUAAAAUGUACUGGUAGAUGAGAAGUCA